AUGGAGCGCGGCAGCAACAGCAAGGAGGCGCCGGUGGCCUUAGAGGGGGCUGGGGGCGACGUAGUCGACGCGGCGCCGGCUGGCAGCAGCCGGCCGUACCAUGAGUGCCACUUCUGCAAGCACGGGUUCACCACGGCGCAGGCGCUGGGCGGGCACAUGAACAUCCACCGCCGCGACCGCGCCAGGCUCCCCGGCCGCGACCGCGACACGCGCACUGGCAUGGCCUCGGCGGCGUCCCGGAACACCGAGGGCUACAGCCAGUACCGCCACCAGGGGUAUCCACCGGCGCCGCCGAUGAGCAGCAGCUACGCCAUGUACUACCCUGGGGCGCCGUAUGCGGCCGGGGAGACCCUGGGCGCUGGCAGCCCUAGCCCGAGGGAGCUGAGCCUGUUCGGUGCGGGGGGCACUCAAGAUCACGACUUGAGCCUGGGCCUCGGGUGGCAUGGGCACGGUUGCCAGGGGUCGAGCAUGCUGGAAGGGUCGGAGUGGCAGGCCGGCGAGACGCCGGAGAGGAACCUGGACUUGGAGCUCAGGCUCGGGCGCCACCCCGGCUGGAAGUGA